GUUCGACUGGCUAUCAAGCUAUUUCACCACGCACAUGCAAAAGACACCUAACUUACCCCGAAGCAGAUCUUUCUCGCCUCUUCAUUCUGUCCGACUAUUGCAUAGGGUUUUUCGAACCGGCUAUGCAGGCCAUGCUAUUUCCAAUCAAUCAAGACUACCGUUCUUAGCCUCCUCUGUGCGCCGACGCGACCGCAUUGAUUCCAGCUUAUUGCGCGUUGCCCAGUGUCAACGGCGAGCUGCUCAGAGUUCGAGGGCCACGAAAGAGAGCUGGUAGUGAUUUGACAAAGAGGAACGGCAAUACACAGUGACGGAGGCACUCCCCUCCCAGACUGAAGAAGCGACCACACCCGCAGGUUAAGCGCCGAAAUCACCGCAAUAUACCCUUGACUGUCGACGAGUCCUAGGUUUGCCCUUCGCAUGCACAAUGACUGCGGUUACGCCCUCGAGGUCUGGCGUCUCGCCAUCAAGUUCUCCCCGCUUACCGUCUCCUCCACCUAUCCCAGAGGUCCAAUUCGGUCCCAAAAGCCCCGGUGUUGACCUCUCCAAAGAAUUGUCGCUUGAAGCGACGUCAAAACCGGAUGAAGGAGCAGCAAGGAGGAUUAGGCCGGGAACAAAAGCUGCGGACAUGGCUUUGGGUCCUCCUUUAGUGCCAUUGAGUCAGCUCGACUCGCCAUUCCAGCUUCAAGAGCAUCUCAAAUCCCUCUACGCUCACCUCACCCAUACUCCGGAGUCUACACAUACCGUUCCAAUCGCAAAAGAAACUGCGCUGCAGCUCGCCACACCUCCGCAGAUCAACGACAACGAAUUCGUGGAUCGGAACCUGUGGCUGUAUGAGCUCUGUCGAUUUCUCACUCAAAAAGCCAAUAUCGUCUCAAUAUUCCUGAUGAACGACAACCCGCCUUGCUCUGCUCAAACAUGCCCUGAAAUGCGCGCCAGUGAAUGGCAGUAUCUCUGCGCCGUACACGAGCCUCCCAAAUCAUGCUGUGCCAUUGAUUAUUGCAACCACACCCUCGAUUGGGCUGCGAAUGUUCUGACGAGUCCGAAGCAUUUCCCUUCGCGGUUGGCGCUUGGCUCAGAAGCAGGCAAUGUCAUGCAAAGCAUGCGGCAACUGACCAACAUCUUUCGACGGGUGUAUCGUAUAUUUGCACAUGCUUGGUUCCAACAUCGUGAUGUCUUUUGGUCUGUCGAAGCAACAUAUGGGUUAUACAUACUUUUCAAGGUUGUCUGUGAUGAGUACCAUCUUAUCCCCGAGGACAGCUAUACAAUUCCAACCGAAGCUGAAGGAGUCCAUGAAGCCACUAUUGAUCGCGAAGGCGGUUUACGGCCGCAAAUACUCCAUAGAGACCAUGCGCCGGGUUCAGCGGUGGACGAGCCGUCCGCUGAAUCCAUGUUAUCAGAUACUACUACGCCGACGGCCACGACGACAGUCAGCACAGGCGCGACAACACGGAGACACAAACACACCCCAAGCACUGGGAGUCACGUUGCCACUAUUGCCGAGGGCCAAGAAGACGAAGAAGAACACUCGAAAAGCGGUACAGCGGCGCCAAAAAACCCAUCCCCGCCACCUCAACUUGUGGAGAUGUCAAAUGCCAUGACAGCAUCGGAAAGGGAAGCCUCGUCUCUACAAGGGGCUGACACAGGGAAGGGCAGAAAUAAAGGUAUCUCCCCCGAGCGGCUCCUACCGAAGCUUGACAUCACUUCCACUGUGCCAAAAUACGAGCCUCGCGCUCCAGAGGAUCCCACGCCCACCGGCACAACGGAGGAUAUCGACCCAUUGUCCACGCAUACAAGUACCCAAAAUUCGGACGCAUCAUCUAAGACAGCAGGUGCCGAUGUCGAUCUCGGCGCCGUCGACAAUACCACAGACGCGAACAAGAAAGAUGAAUCAGUGAACGUGGAAACCCCCAUUGAACAAACAACCAACCCAUUUGGAGAUGAGGGAGGCCAGAAAAUCACUUCCCCUUCUGGGGGCUCGAUAAGGACGAGCGGAAGCGACGUGCUUGGGGCAAUUCUGGGGCAUAUCCACGACCUGGAUGACGAAAACUCAAUCAACUCCGACAGGCAAAAUCAAACGAGCGGCAGUGGAGCAACUGUGCAGGUGAGGGAGGCGCCUGCUAGCGGGAGUGCAGAGGAUAGCGACGACAAAAGUGUGGAGCAUGAUGAGGGAAUGAGUCCAAUUAGGGCAGAUGCACCAUCAUCGAUUGGGCCCGAAGCUGAGUCUUCCAAGGGCCCUCAGGAUGGAGGUGAAGCCAAGACAGAGAAGGAAGAUAUUGGACCUCCAGUUGACGAGGUGAGAAUCUCAGUUGAGGAGACUACGGAUGAUCUCGAUGUUGAGCCGCAGCCGGGGGACGGCCAGGCUGAACAGGGCGGGACGGGGGACAGCAAAGAGGGCUAAAGGAAUCGCGGACUGGAGAGCCUAGUCCAAAGGAUGGACGGGGCCUGGGGCCUGCUAAUUACUUCUCUGUAUGACUACUUCUCCGCUGGGCCUUCUUAGAGCAUGGGGCAGCCAUUCGCUUGAAUGAUGGGUAAAUGAAAAGCCGCCGUGUGCCACGCUUCCACAACGAACACUACCUACCUCCACGGUCACCCGUAUCUUGACUGGAACGGAACUGGUCUUCGGUUGAGGAAUGAACUUCUCGCAUGGAGCCGCCGUCCAGAAGACCUCACUGGUACUGAGCGUUGUUUGUAUUGUACAUAGCUGUUGUAACCCUACGAGAGUCUACCUUGGCCUAUCAC